AACUGGCAGACACACCCAAAAUAAACACACUGUCAUGCCCCACGCACACAGCCAAACAAUGGCAUCGCCAAUAAGUUACUUAUCCUCUGGAGAAAACCCACAGCCUGAUCCUGACAGCUCCUCUGGCAAAAAUCCCCCUGUCUCUCAAUGCCUGCCCCAAGGAAGGGCUGCAGGAUGUCACACAGUAGCUGACUCCGUCCAGAGCACAGCGGUGGCUGGGACCCAGCAAGAGCCCGGGGAGGAGUGGAGAGGAAGACAAGCAACAUAAUUUAAAGCAGACACUGUCCCAAAUAAGGUUAUUUCCUUGAAAAUGCCUUCAUUCUGAAGUUAUGAGUGAACCUCUAGGUGUCCUGAAUGGGUGAACAUGAGUCUGAAGAAUAAUUGCAUCGGUACCAGGACUGAAUUGAUUUUGAAGAGCUGGACAUGCUUUUUAAAGAGAUGAAAAGCAGUGUUUGGGGAUGCAAGAAACCCUUGAAACAAGAGCCAUGAAACUGUACAUCAUCUUCUUCCUGGCAGUGGUGAACAAAGAAACCUCUAACUACCAACUCCCCGAGGGGACAGCCUGUGAAAUGGUAAGGCUGUCUCUCUACUUAGGUCCCUUGAGAUCCUGAGUGAGGUUGGGACUCCCUUGUUACAGGCACUGCACAAACAGCUACAGCCUCUGAGAAGGGAAAACCCCAGGACCAGGCUUCCUGAGAUGGCAGAGGUGGGAUUUGCAGGUUUAGGGGAUGCUUAGCAGUCUGUCAUCAGGCUGUGUCCUUGUUGUAGUCACAGCACACUAAGGGGAGGGGGAGAGGGGUGGGCAAAUAAGGGUCAUUAUCUCAGCUUUUUUCCUAAGGAGGAGCUGGUUAAAAGAAAUUUGACUUGAUGUCCCUAAGAUUGUACAGGGUUUCUGUGGCUAAGACAGAGAAAGAACUUAGACUUCAAAUAAACUUCUUUAUAUCAGUUGUUCUUUGUACUUUCAUUAAAACAUCUUCUGUUGAAUACUUCUAUACCAGCUCUUUUGUAAUAACAAAUAGACUGACUUCCUCUGCCCUGACACAGCAUUUCUGCCAGGGAAGUUGUACCUGGCUUCUGCUGGAGCGAAGAGAAAUGACAAGGACUCCUGCUCCAGUACAAAAUCUGCUCUUGAAUUUUUGCAAGCACCUGGUACAAUAUUAUAAAUGUUAUUUGCAACUGAACUUUCUCCCUUCCCUCUCCAAGUGCUUCUGACUGUACCAGGAUGUUUAAAAAUACUUUAUUUUCCCCCCUUGAACAUUGAAGCUGUUCAGCACAAAUCCUCAAGAAUUUCCAAAAUAGGAAAAAAAUAAUUUGCUAGCUGUACACAUCUCCCUUGUGGGACUCAUUCCAUUCCUGCCCACCCUGCCAUAUUGCUGCACUUCCUGAAUUCCAGAGAAAUUAAGACCUAGUGUAUAUAUAAAAAGAUCUUGGGAAGGUGACUGGGUAGCUCAGCUCCUUGGCUGGAGAGGGAACACUGAUGCAGCCUCUGUAAACAGGACAGCUGGGUCCCAUGUCAUAGUCACACGAAGGCUGGAUGAGCCACGCAAUAAUCCCAGCAGUUUCAUCCCCUUUCUUGAUGGGUCACAGACCAGGCUGAUUGCUGAGAAGUAAACACAUGCUUGCUUGCACUACUCCACUGUAAACUGCUCUCAUCAAGCCAACAACACAACUACUCUGGGAUAAAAUGAGCCCUGACAGAGAACACACUGCUGUCAGGGGCCAGGAUGCUCAUCUGAUGUAAAUCAACAGCUCAGCGUUGCUAAUGUCCAUACUGAUUGCCGUCCUUCACUGGCAUUUGGUGUGGAUCUAAACACAGCUCAAAGAAAGAAGGAGCUACUGGAUUAGCUGGUUAGCUGUCACUGACAGUCCUGCAUUGCAUCACAGCAUCACUGUUUUAUAUGGCAAACUCUCAGGCAUUUUGCCACAACAAAGACCUCCACCAAAUCCCUCACGAACUCUAUCCAAAUGUAAACAAAAUAGAUCUGUCAGGAAAUCUGAUUCAAAGCAUUCCUGAAAUGUCAUCAUCAUUUUACACUUCCCUUCAGUGCCUGGAUUUAAGCUCUAACCAGAUAAGUUUCAUCACGCCUGGAGUCUUCGCACACAUGAACAGUUUGCUGGAAAUAAAUUUAGCCAACAAUCAUUUAUAUGAGCUUGCUCAAAAUGGCACAGAGGGGAUUGGACUCUUACCCAAGGUGGAAGUACUGGACUUGUCCCACAACAGUCUGUACAGUGGGAUGGCUGAGUAUUUCAUUAAAGAAGCUCCAGCACUGCAGUAUCUUUCCUUGGCAGACAACAGUAUUAUAAUGAUUUCACAAAAGAUGUUUCAGGGAUCUCCCAAUCUUGUGGAGAUAGAUCUUCAGAGCAACAUCAUCAUGGAAAUAGAAGAAGGUGCUUUUGAGAAUCUAGUGAGCCUGUCCAAACUCAAUCUCUCAAAGAAUUCAAUUACUUGCAUCUCUGAUUUUAACCUCAGGCAGCUGGAGAUACUUGACCUCAGCAGGAACAGCAUUGAGACCUUCCACACCACAAAAUCAGAUGAUGAAUAUAGCUUAAGGUGUUUGGAUCUGAGUGAAAACAAACUGUUUCAUUUUCCAGUGUUCCCUCAGGUAAAUAAGCUGGUAACUCUGAAUUUAUCAAAGAAUUUAAUCCAGCUCACUGCUGAAACCCCUCAUAAUAAAAUGGACUAUGUGAAAAAUGAAUGGCUAAAUGCUUCUUUCCAUCUUCUUGAUCAGAAGCAAAGUAGAAACAGAAGUUCUCUUUAUUUAUCCCACCUUGUAUAUUUAGACUUAAGUUAUAAUGAAAUCAAAUCCAUUCCAGAUGAGUUCUUUGAAUCAAUGUUGUCCCUUCACACCCUUAACCUCAGUAAAAACUGUCUUCAGUCAUUUGCAGUAAGUUAUGACAGUGCAUUGAUGUCUUUAACUGUCCUUGACUUGAGCUACAAUGCUUUGCAGAGCCUUCUCCUCGAUGCUGGUGCAUUGUCAAAUUUGAAGGAGCUCUAUGUUCAAAACAACUAUCUUCAAACACUGCAGUUUGACAUCUUCUCAAAUCUUCCAAGCCUUAGACUGCUUAAUCUACAAAGCAAUAACAUCAGCCUUUGCAGCAUGUACUCAGGAUUAGCUAAGCAAAGACUUGCUGGAGAGCAAAGUGGUUGUGUAUCAUUUGUCAAUUCUCCUGCUCUUCAGUACUUGUACCUAGCUGACAACAUGCUGAACAUCCUGCCAGCAUACAGCUUCUACAAGACUUCUCUGGUUGUCUUGGACCUCUCCAUGAACCCUGGACUGAAAAUAGAGCUUAAAGCAUUAUCAGGUCUGGAAAAGUCUCUGGAAUGUUUGUAUUUAUAUGGUAAUAGCCUGAUAAAUUUAAAUAUUGACUUGCCUUGUUUUAGUCACCUUAAACAUUUAAACCUCUCUGAAAAUCAGCUGAACUGGCUGCCUAAGUGGGGUAGUGACUCUUCACUAGAGGUUCUGGACCUACGGAACAACAGGUUCAGUACAUUACAGAACAGCAAUAUUUUAGCAUUAGAAAAUUCACUUAAAAACUUGUAUCUCACUGGGAACCCACUCGACUGCUGUGGAAACAUCUGGCUUUCAUCCAUGAUCCAGAACAAAAAUGUCCAGAUCCCCAACGUGGAGCAUUUAACGUGCCAGCACACUCAGAAUUUUGGGUACCAGGAGGAAAUGCACAUCAAGAACAUUAGACCAGAAGACUGUGAAAAAGAGGAUCUGAAGAAAAUCAACUUCCUUAUUAUAUUAACAUUUGUGUUGGUUUUAUUGGUGAUCAUCAUUGGUGCAGGUUCAUUUUUUUGCUUCCGCAGGCAAAACUUUGCCCAUCAGUUUAAAGCAUAGUAACACAAAAUGUCUUGGAAACUGAAGAAAUCAGGUGCUACACUGACAGUGUGUAGAAAUAAAGGGUAAAAUUCUCAUCUUUGAUUUUCAGCUGUGGAUUUUAAAUGCUUUUGAAGUGUCCCUGAAUUACACCACUGGUACGGGUUGCAGGGAUUUGAAGGAGAAUUUGCCAUGUUUUGCUGAUCCAUGGUUUAACUCAAAGAGGAGAAAAUUUCCCGCUGUGUGCAAUAUAUAUUUAACUGAGUUUAAUGUGAAGAAAGUCAUCUCUGGGGUGAAGGCUUUUAAAAAAAAAAUCCUGGAGCAUGAAUUUCAACCAGCUAACAUUGAACUGAAAUGUUUAUAUUUCUAAGAAAAACUGUUGGAAAAUCACUGCAUAUGAUUACAUUUCAAUGCAGAGGAAUAGUAUAUCUAUUUUUAAAGGCCACAGGAGAUUAGACUGCAAAAAUGUGUUUUGAAGGUACCAGUGUGAAAUAAUGCAAAGGGACCCCAGUCCUGGGCCAUUAUUCAGAUCUUUCUACUGUCUUUCCCCCAAAAUAUAUUAUUGUCUAAAGGAUGUGCUGCAAGAAAAGUUCUGUAGGUCCUCAUUCAGUGAAUGUCAAAACUACCACACUACAAAAUGAUGUAUAAUUAUAUUUUUUAAGCAAUUAUGAAUGAAACUGGCAGGUGGUUUUCAUUGUGGAAUUUUGUACAAUAAAAACAAAUUUGAAUUUUGUAAAAAGCACAAGGCAGUGGAUAUAUUAAAGCACUAGCUUGGAAUGCUC